UCAGAUAGUCCACUCGCUAGUCGUGACUGACGUAAUAAAUUACAAUAACAGGGAUUUCCCUCCUUGCUAAAUGUAAAUUUUGUUAUGAAUACUUUUCCUGUUCAUAAUCAUAAUUGUUAUUCAAGAUCAAGUAAGCGUCAACUACUACUUGAAAAGACAUUUUUGUUAGAAUUGUAGAAAAAGUAUUAUAACUGGAAGAAAAUUGCAUCAAUCAUGUAUAAAAACGUCGAACUUCGCAAGUUACCUGCCGACGCACUGUGUAAAGUUGUAAAUAUUCUAGAGAUCAACGAUGAUUGGAAAAAAUUCAUGUCGAUUAUACCCAAAAGCUUACAAUGCGACAGUAUUGGAUCCAAAUACAAUAAUGAACACAUAAGAAUGAUUGAAGAGUAUGCUAAAGCAAAUAAUAUGAAAUGCACAGAGAUACUAAUGGAUGAGUGGGGAACAUCUGGUAGAGUGCGACCAACACUGACACAUUUGAAAAAUAUUUUAAAAGAAGCCCAAAUGUACAGAGCAGCUGAUGAAAUUGCUCAAAUGUUACAAGAAUCAUUACCUGAACGUCCAACAUAUGGCCCGGCUGCACCUAUUACAACAAAUGUUACAGAAAUGUUAAAUGAUGAAAGUAUGGAACAAAGAUUUAAUAAUAUGGGUUCAGUAAACAAGUCUAAAUUUAAUGAAAUGUGUAACAAAACAACGAGGCAGAUGAAGUCUGCAAGCGAUAUGAUUGAAUUUUCCAAGAAUGGUAUAAGAGAAACAUAUAAUGUUGACAAUCAAAAAUCUGAAAGUGAUUUUAUUAAAUUCUCCAAAGAACAGCAACAAACACAAGUGUCUAUGAAUGUGCCAGACAUUAGUGCUAUGUUAAAGUCAAAAAGUAACCAAUCUAUUGAUCGUUUAAGUUACACAUACACAGAUUCCGAUAUUUCUAAUACAAGUUAUGAAAGUAAAACUAUUAGUAGUAAAAGUAAUAAUAUUAAGCACAAUCCCAACAUAUAUCAGACAUCAUUUCCAGAUAUUAAUAUUUCCAUGAGAAUAGACAGUGCUAUACUUCAAGAUGAAAAUUUAACUCACUUUGAAUAUAAUCAAUUAGAAACUAUCACAGGUAACUUUUCUGAGACACUGUACAAUGGUCCUAAUGGUUUGAUGGGACGAAUCGGAAGUGGAGGCUUUGGAGAUGUGUUUGUUGGCAAUCAUUUUAAGUAUGGCUUACUUGCUGUUAAAAAAGCUCACAGUCACCUACAAAUUCACCGAAAGCCUGAUAUUGCAAUGACAGUUUUUAAUACAGAAGUGAAAUACCUUUCACAGUUUAGACACAAUAACAUUGUUCCCAUAAUAGGAUUUUCGAAAGAUGGUCCAGCACCAUGUAUUGUUUGUGAAUAUAUAGAUGGAGGUUCUUUACAACAAAACAUUGAAGCAAAGAUCUUGAGCGAAAUUCAAAGAAUUAAUAUAAUGAUAGGGACAGCUGAAGGGUUGAAAUAUUUGCACACUAGUGAAAAACCUUUACAAAGUAAAGGUAACAGUGAAAUUUUAGGAAUUGUAGGUGAAAUUGAUUCACAGAACACCAUUAAGAAUUUUGUUCAUGGGGAUGUUAAAACAGCUAAUAUUCUUCUAACAAAAGAAUUUGUACCAAAGUUAUGCGACUUUGGAUUAGCCAAGCAAUAUGAUUCAACAUUCGUGACAACUUGUCCCAUGGGUACCUCAGCAUAUAUGGCUCCUGAAGGCAUCCAUGGUACUAUAACACAAAAGAUUGAUAUAUUCAGUUUUGGUAUUGUAUUAUUGGAACUACUUACUGGUUUAAAACCGAUUGUUGCUAACGAUGGAGAGAAUUUAAAUAUUAAACAUUAUGUUGAAGAAAACUCUAUUAAUAAUGAUAUAAGUCAUUUAUUAGAUUCUUCAGUUGAAACUUGGACUAAAGCCAAUGAAGUUUAUAAUCUAGCUCAAAAUUGCUUAGAAUACAAUAGGAAAAGCAGACCAACUAUAACAGAGGUUGCCAAUAUUUUAUACAGAAUAAAGAAUUAAUUUUUAAAUUAGUAGUAACUGUG